AUGAAUGUUCCUUCUCCGUCAGCGUUAGUAGCCACAACUACAUCCGAUGGAAAGCUGCACGUCGCUCUCGACGGCAACAGCACCUACUUUUACAACUUCAGAGAGGACGCCUUCUCCGCCCUUGACUUCUGGUGCAAAGACAGGCAGAGCGAAGCUGCCGCGUAUCUUUGCGGAGCCAUGGCGACGGAAGGAAGAAUGGUGUGCUUCGAAAUCAAAAUUGAGGGACGAAAAAUUGAUGCGAUCAGGGAGAUUCGCCGCAGCAAGGACCCCCUCCAGAGAGGAGUUGUUGCAGAACUCGUUGCCUCAAGGGCUCCUUGGGUUGUUACGCGAUCAGAAGGGGAUGACACGGAAUUGAGGAUUCAUUCCUAUGAGGGUGACUUACUCACCUGCGUUGACACCAAGCAGGUCCGCAACCUGCAACUCGCCGUUAGUGGCGAUGGCUGCUUCUUCGGAUGCGCCGCAUGGACACCUGGAGUAAAAAUUUUUGAGGUCAAAACCAAAGGCGGGAACUUCCAAAAAGUGGAAAAAGCCAUGGAUAUUCGCAGCGAUUGUGGUCUGCUUGCCUUUGGCAUUUCUUUGGACCGAACAAUGGCGGCUGUUGUAGACAAAGGCGGGUGUCUGAGCUCUUGGCGAAUUAACGUUCGGCAUCAAGUACGGAGACGCCGCGUAGCGCUAGGCUUUGGCAGUAAUACGUUUCAGGCUCAAGAGGAUCCGAAGAAGAUCUGCGAGACGGCUUUGCAGCUGGAUCCAAAUGGGCUCACUACUCUCCACUUUUCGCGUGAUGGAUCUGUCUUGGUCGUUGCAACUGGGAAGACGCUUUACUUUUUGCGGAGUGCCGAUUUGGAGGUGUACAAGAUCGUCGAGCACAUCACGGUGCAGCCGAUCGAGCAUUUGCUCAUAGCCCCCAACAACAAGUUUGUGCUCCUCUGUGCAGUAAGGCCCAACCCUCACAACCCCCUUGCUCCUAGAGACAUAGCGGAGAGAAAGCAGACUGCAUCGCUGCCCCGCUUCCAAAAACCCUCUGCUGUUGCAUUUUCACCAAACAGCAAUUCGCACUCCAGAGGCUUGCGGCUGUUGCCUUCAGAAGGCGACUCGGCCGGUAGUUCUGCGCUUACCAUCUCCAAAUCCGUGAAGCGGGGACUGCUAGUCAGGGACGAAGAAAAGGGGCACCGGGAGGCCUUUUUGCCCGAUCCAUGCCGAUCUGCAUUCUCCAGGGCCUGUGCCACAGACAGGCUUAGAGGCAGUCCAGCACGCGGCAACGCCAUCGGGGCGUUCACUUCUCUUGAAAAAGCUGCCCUCUACCUCGGUAUUGCUCUGCCUCUACGUUCAACGUCAGCACGCGAACAAACUGGGCAGCUUGGUAUCCAGCUAGCUGGUGAAGUUCGCAGGGCGGCACACCACCCCCAUCACAGUCAAAGCAAUACAAACAAUGCACACGAGAGUUACUCAUACAGGCGAGAAGCCCCUAGCGUCGCGUGCCCCCUGGGAGAAGUGGGGGUCACUCGAUGCUAG